AUGGACCACCCGCUUGGCCCGACGCACCGCGCGCCGAAUAGGAGCCAGUCCAUAGAAAAUCCAGAUACCUUUGGUAUAACUUCCGUAUCCGAAGAACACGAUCAAUCCAGGCAGUUUCUACUGCCUCCUCCUCUCCAUACCCAUUACCCAUCUAAUGUACCAGAGCACUCUGGCACACAGAGCCAGUCAAUCCAUGCUCCAUUAUUCCGCAUCAGUGCGGUAUUUCCAUCGAGUCCUUGCUACGUGGAGGUGCAAGAUGGAAAAUAUGUUGCCGAGACAAGGUCCACAAUUUCAAAGGGCUGGGAACAACGUCAAAGAAAUAGCUCUGGACUACCACGUCGAUAUCCCACUCGUCGAAUCAAACUGGUCCAGGGUACCGUAUUGAGUGUUGAUUAUCCAGUCCCUAGUGCGAUAUGCAACGCCGUACAGGCAAAAUACCGUGACCUGGAGGGAGACCCUUCUGAAGAGUUUACUCAUAUGAGAUACACUGCGGCUACAUGCGACCCGGACGAAUUUACUUUGGAACAUGGAUACAAUCUCCGUCCUUCUAUGUACAAUCGACAUACCGAGAUGCUCAUCGCUAUUACCUACUACAAUGAAGAUAAAGUCCUUACAGCCAGAACUCUGCACGGCGUCAUGCAGAAUGUCCGAGACAUUGUAAAUCUGAAAAAGACAGAGUUUUGGACCAAGGGAGGUCCAGCAUGGCAGAAAAUCGUCGUCUGUCUGGUGUUUGAUGGGCUUAAGCCCUGCGACAAGAGAACAUUGGAUAUUCUCGCAACCGUGGGAGUAUACCAAGAUGGCGUAAUGAAACACGAUGUGGAUGGCAGAGAGACAGUUGCUCAUAUUUUCGAAUAUACAACCCAGCUAUCGGUAACACCAACCCAGCAACUAGUUCGCCCAUUCGAUAAUGACCCGACCAAUCUCCCUCCAGUUCAAAUGAUCUUCUGCCUCAAGCAGCAAAACAGCAAAAAGAUUAACUCUCAUCGCUGGCUAUUCAAUGCUUUCGGGCGAAUCCUAAACCCAGAGGUCUGCAUCCUGAUCGAUGCCGGUACCAAACCAGGUCACAAGUCACUUCUCACCCUCUGGGAAGCAUUCUACAAUGAUCGACACCUCGGCGGCGCAUGUGGAGAAAUCCACGCUCUCCUUGGGCGCGGAUGGACUAAGGUCUGGAAUCCGCUCGUCGCCGCCCAGAACUUCGAGUACAAAAUCUCCAACAUCCUUGACAAACCUCUGGAAAGCAGUUUUGGCUAUGUGAGCGUUCUACCAGGCGCAUUCUCAGCCUAUCGUUAUCGAGCUAUAGUCGGACGACCUCUGGAGCAAUACUUCCACGGUGACCAUACGCUUUCUGAAAGAUUGGGGAAGAAGGGAAUCGAGGGGAUGAAUAUCUUCAAGAAGAAUAUGUUCUUAGCUGAAGAUCGAAUUCUUUGUUUUGAACUCGUCGCUAAAGCUGGGUGUCAAUGGAAGCUUACUUAUGUCAAAGCUUCGAAAGGAGAGACGGAUGUGCCUGAAGGUGUACCAGAAUUCCUUAGCCAGCGAAGGCGUUGGUUGAACGGAUCUUUCGCCGCGAGUCUGUAUGCGACGAUGCAUUUCAAUCGCAUUUACAAAAGCGGGCAUAAUUGGGUUCGGUUGUGUGUUCUUCAUGUGCAGCUUGGUUAUAACAUCUGUCAGUUGGUCAUGACGUGGUUUUCCCUAGCUUCAUACUGGCUUACCAGUUCAGUCAUCAUGGACAUCGUCGGAACCCCGAGUGCAGUAAACCAUUUCAAAGGCUGGCCUUUUGGGGGCGAAGCUACACCUAUUGUCAACAACGUCUUCAAGAUCGGCUAUCUAGCAUUCCUCAUGCUCCAAUUCAUCCUGGCUCUCGGAAAUCGACCAAAAGGAUCGAGGUUUCCAUAUACACUCUCUCUAAUCUACUUCUCAAUCGUCCAAGCCUACAUUCUCGUCCUAUCAUUCUACCUCGUCGCCCAGGCCCUAACGGGCGACAACCUCGACUUCAACUUCAAAAACGGCAUCGGCGGCUUCCUAAGCUCCUUCGUCACCUCAACCGGCGGAAUCGUCCUCGUCGCACUAGUCUCCACAUACGGCAUCUACUUCAUCGCCAGCUUCCUAUACAUGGACCCAUGGCACAUGUUCACUUCAUCCUGGGCGUAUUUCUUAGGCAUGCCUUCUUCAAUCAAUAUUCUGAUGGUCUAUGCAUUUUGCAACUGGCAUGAUGUAUCAUGGGGCACGAAGGGGUCUGAUAAUGCUGAUGCGUUGCCCUCGGCAAGGACGAAAUCGGAUCUUCAAGCGGCUUUGGGGCAGGCGCCGUAUUUGGAGGAGCCGGACAAGCCGCAGGUUGAUAUUGAUGUGCAAUUUGAGCUUGCGGUGAAGAGGGCUUUGGAAAAGUGGGUUGAGCCGGAGGAGCAGAAGGAGGUUAACUUGGAUGAUUCGUACAAGUCGUUCCGGACGAACUUGGUGCUGCUGUGGACCUUUAGUAAUGGGCUUUUGGCGUUGUAUAUUAACAAUGUUGGAGUGAAGCAGCUUUGCUUGACGACCACAUCGACCUUGCGGACGGCGUGGUAUUUCAAAGUUAUUCUUUGGGGGACCUCUGGGUUGUCUUGUUUCCGAUUUCUUGGAGCUCUUUGGUUCCUGGCGAAGACUGGGGUGCUUUGUUGCUUUUCGAGGCGUUGA